CCUUCCAGGCCCUUCGAAAGAUGGAUUCUGUUGACGUAUCUGGCGGCCCUGGCGAGCCGGGUGGAAAGUUGGGUUUUGCCAGAUCGCGCUGGGCUCGUCUUUGUGACGCUCGACCAGCCCCGCAUCCUCCUGGAGCCGGGUACGGAUGUGAAGAUGAGGAAGUGAGACAGUACCUCCCUCCUGGAGAAACAAGGAAAUAGGCGAUGCCAGUCGGAGGGGGAGGGUCCGGACUGGACAAGGGCUGAGUGGCAUCAGAGCCGAGUGAUGGACGACCUGCAGUCCCAGAACCUCUCCAUGGACAUGACCGACUCCUCUCCCACCUUGACCAAUAACAGACUGGAGAAUGGCAUGGCCCAGCUGAUCACCACUGAGGCCUGGAACAUCAACUCCACCGACCUGGUAAAGAAGGCCCUGGUGACCGUGCCGGCCCCAUCCAUUCUGAACCCCCCGGCCGAGUCCCAGAGCGGCGUGGCCCUGAAGGUGGCGGCCACCGUGCUGCAGCCCCUGUGCCUCGGGGAGAGCUCAGUGGUGAUGCCCAUUCACAUGCAGGUGGAGGGAAGCUCCGCGCCCGAGCUCAACCCUAACGGCAAUGCCACCUACGUCAUGACCACACAGGGCCCCGUGCAGCUGCCAGUGGUGCUGGAGCAGCACGUCUUCCAGCACCUCAACUCCCCCCUGGUCCUGCCGCAGGAGGCCCCGUGUUCCUCCAAUGCCAUCCACAACAACCUCUUCCAGGGAGCCGAGGACCCCGAGGCCCAGCCGCAGCUCCUAGACCUGAGGAUCCCCAGCCAGCCGCAGGAGCCCACCUUGCCGUUUGAAGCUGUGCUCCAGAAUCUGUUCCCCUCGCAGGGUGCUCUUGGCCCCCCACCCUGUCCGCCUCCUCCGGGAUAUGCCCCUGUGCCCCCCCAACCCUUUAACUCCCCACUGUCCCCCCUGGUCCCGCCAGCCACACUCCUGGUGCCCUACCCUGUGAUCGUCCCCUUGCCUGUACCGGUCCCUAUCCCCAUCCCCAUCCCAGUGCCUCAGAGUUCUGAAUCCAAGUUCAGUUCCAGUUUCCCCAAGCCACCAUCUUCCUUCGGCUUGCACCCCUUUAAAGGCACGCAGCCCCCUCUACAAAAGGAGGAACUGAAGCCCUUCGACAUCCUCCAGCCGAGGGAGUACUUCCAGCUCAGCCGCCACACAGUCAUUAAGAUGGGGAGUGAGAACGAGGCCCUGGAUCUCUCCAUGAAGUCGGUGCCCUGGCUCAAGGCUGGUGAAGUCAGCCCCCCGAUCUGCCAGGAAGAUGCAGCCCUGGACCUGUCACUGGCGACCCACCGGAAAUCUGAGCCUCCCCCUGAGACUUUAUAUAACAGCAGCGGGUCAGUGGACAGCCCAGGUCACACUGUGAUGGAGAAACUUCCCAGUGGUGUGGAAAUGCCCUUUGCCCCUGCUGCGCCCCACGAGGCCUCAGCCAUGAUGGAUACUCAUGUGGGUGGCAGCAACACCACUGAGCCGCCUAGCCAGCCCAGCCAGCCCAGCGGUGAGGUCAAGGCUGAAAAUAACAUUGAGAUUGUGAGCGAGUCCCAGGCGGCCAAGGUCAUCGUCUCUGUGGAAGACACUGUGCCUACCAUCUUCUGUGGCAAGAUCAAAGGCCUCUCGGGGGUGUCCACCAAAAACUUCUCCUUCAAAAGAGAAGACUCCAUGCUUCAGGGCUACGACAUCCACAGCCAAGGAGAAGAAUCCAUGGGAAACACGGAGUCCCUUAGGAAACCCAUCAAAAACCGGAGCAUAAAGUUAAAGAAAGUGAACUCCCAGGAAAUACACAUGCUCCCAAUCAAAAAACAACGGCUGGCCACCUUUUUUCCAAGAAAGUGAAUAAUGGCUUUUUAAAAUUUUUAUGAUUAUAAUAUGGGGAAAGGUGCAUUGGUUUUAUAAAAAGGCAUUUAAAACAAAUUAUCUUUGUUAAUUAUUUUGGGGAGUAGUUGGGGAGUGGGAAGGUGAAUUGGCUCUAAAGGCCCUGUAAGCUAGUAUCAUUUUCUUUUUUAAUUUUUGACUUUUCACAAAUGAUUAAAUAAGAGCAACCUAUUUUUCAAGCAGAUUGCACAUUUUUUGCAGCUUUAAUGGAACAUUGGGUGAAUCAGAGGGGUAAAAAAGCUAUUUUCAUUGCCACAAAGUGCUUUGAUGAUGUAAUACCUAAUAAAGGGUAGGAUGAAUACUUCACAAUAAAUGUUUGUUUGCACUAA